CACCCGGCAAUACAGCUUCUUUGCUGAGGGACAAUGGGGAGACCCUGGCAGCUGUUCCCACGCCUGCUGCUACUGCUGGUGAACAUUCCCUGGGGGAGCUGCCAGGCCGAGGUGCACCAGAACCUGUCUGCGGUCACUUGGGAAGGGCAGAACGGCAGCAUCUCUUGCCACUACACGGCGAGCAAUUUCUGGAAUUUGCAGUGGUUCAGGCAGCUGCCCGGAGGCCAGCCUGUCUCCCUGCUGAUUCUGGUGUCCGAUGGGAAACUAAUCAAGGAGCCCAACCUCACCGCGGAGCUCGACAAGUGGAAGCGGCUGAGUUCCCUGCACAUCAGAGAAUCACAGCUGGGAGACGCAGCCACCUACUUCUGCGCCGCAAAGGGUUACUCCAGGGCAUGGUUCUGUUUUUUUGAGACUAGGGGGGUGAGCUGCCAAAUUAAAGUGGAUCAGAGUCCUCCAUCUCUGAUCAGAUCCCAAGGGGAGAUCUCCAUUCUGACCUGCAGCUACUCAGGAACAGUGUCCUACGUACACUGGUACAGGCAGUUUCCUGGGGAAAGUCCUGCCUUCCUGCUGAGCCUGUAUAAGGAUGGGAAUGUUACCCAGGGGCCAAAUCUCAUAGCGGAGUUCUUGAAAGGGGAGAGACGGAGCCAUCUACACAUCAACGGUUCUCAGCUCGCCGACUCAGCCGGCUAUUUCUACGCUGUGGAGACACAGGAAACAAAGUGGCCGCCCUCCUGA